AUGGUGUAUGUAGACGACCGCUUGGAGUAUGAGAUUGUCUCGAAUACGGUGGCAGGAGAUAACUGGUUCUUGGCGAUCGACGUGAAAAGUACAACGCUCAAUGGAAUCUAUGGAGGAAUCUACCAUUCUCCCAGCAGCAGUGACGCUGGUUUCAUAGACAGCUUUGAGAGUUGGCUGAGGACGGUCUUCCAGGACUGCAGGACAAAUCUACUCGUUGGCGACUUCAACAUCCGAUGGAACGAACCGGGAUACGCACGUGAGCUGAAGAACGUUACCGAAGCCUUAGGGAUGAAGCAGAUAGUAUCAGAACCGACGCGUGUGGGUCCCAGUAGCAGUACAAUUAUUGACCUUGUCUUUACAAACCUGGAGGGGGUGGAGGCGCGCGUCACUGAAGAGCUUAAGAUAACUGAUCACGAGACCAUCUGUAUUCACGUCGGAGAAACCACGAUUAACCUACCGGAGCAGAAAAAGAGUUACGUUAGCUGGAAACGGUAUACAAAGGAACGACUGCAAGCUGCGAUACGAGCAAAACUGAGGAGAGCUGACGCUGGAGUGACCGUUGGAGAAGCUGCACAAACUUUUGGCUCAACACUGGCGACGGCGGUUGCGGAGCUGACCGAUCUAUGCAGCAAUGACCGGAAAGUCUCAAACGCGUGGUAUGGAGAGCAGCUGAGAAACCUGAAAACCGAGCGGGAUGAUGCCUACAGGACCUUCAAACAUACAAAAAGGCUGGAUGAUUGGAACCUUUACAAAGUGCUUCGAAACCGCUACGUCCGAGGAUUGAGAUCAUCAAAGAACCUGGCAGUAGAAGAGGAAAUUCGAAGUUGUCACGGAAAUCCCAAGAAGCUUUGGAGAAGCCUGAAAUCGCUGAUUCGGCCUGGUGGAGAACCUCCAAUGGAAAUUGUUUUCGAGGGAGCGCGAAGCGAAAGGGAAACGGCGGAACGCUUGAAUCAGUUCUUCGUGAAAAGUGUAGAGACAAUCCAUAGAAACAUCCCACCAGCCCAGGUGGAACCAGCAGUAGUACCAGCAGAAGUAAGGGUAAACGAAGAUGGCAGCGAGGACUUAUUAACGGAGCUUCAACCAAUCACCUUGACGAAAUUGAAAGAAACAGUCUACUCGUUAAAAGACAGCGCUGGUGUUGAUAGCGUGACUAAACGGGUCAUGACGGAUUCAUUUGACGUUGUUGGAGAGCAGCUGUUGGCGAUUGUCAACAGAUCCCUGGAAAGCGGAGAAUUCCCACAACCUUGGAAGCGGACUUUGGUGAUACCGAUACCUAAGGUACCGAAAUCGACGCGCCCGGAAGAUCACAGACCAAUCAACAUCUUGCCACUCUAUGAAAAGGUUUUGGAAACUAUAGUAAAGGAGCAGCUCCUGGCGUUUGUGGAUCGGACGAAAGUUUUACUCGAAGAGCAGUCUGGUUUCCGAAAGCAUCACUCCUGGAUGGCGCCCAAAUACUUGACAGGUACGGUGGUAUACGGGAGGGAUAUCCAUCAGCACGACACCAGAGGAGCUGACAAUCUCAGAUUGCAGAUGUGCAGGAAGGCGUGUACGCAGAAUUCACUGUUCUACAAAGGAUACAGCAUGUACAACCAGCUACCGGAAGCAGCAAAGAACACAAGGAACAUCAACGAGUUCAAAAACUUGUGUAAGAAUUUCGUGCGUCAACGACCGAUGGAGUAA